AUGGCUGACGACGACAAGGAGGUUUUCGACCUGCUCGAGAGGGAAUCCAAGGAAUUCGACAAGGACUCUGAGAUCGACCGCAUCUGCAAUGCCUUCAAGCUCGACGCGUACGCCGUCAUGGGCCUCAAGCCCGGUGUCCCCGAAACCGACAUCAAGAAGAUCUACCGCACCAAGUCGCUGCUGAUCCAUCCCGACAAGACCACGAACCCCAAGGCCCCCGACGCAUUCGAUCGCUUGAAGAAGGCGCAGGAGCAGCUGAUGGACGAGAAGGCGCGCGCCCGCCUGGACGAGGCCAUCGCCGACGCGCGAAUGCUGCUGAUCCGCGAAAACAAAUGGACCGUCGACUCGCCCGAGCUCAAGACGGAAGAGUUCGACCAGAAGUGGCAGAACAAGGCCCGCGACGUGCUUAUCGAGAACGAGUUGCGCCGCCGCAAGCAGAUGCAAGCCGCCAUGCGCGAGGAGGGACGCCAGCAGAAGAAGGAGGAUGCCGAGGUUGCCGAGCGCAAGCGCAAGCGCGAGCAUGACGAGGCCUGGGAUAAAUCGCGUGACCAGCGCAUCGGCUCCUGGCGCGACUUCCAGAAGAAGGGCUCGGCCGAUGGUGACAAGAAAAAGAAAAAGAAGCUCAAACCCAUUGGCUGA